AUGCCCCGGUUGCGCAAUAUUCUCAUGACCCACGAGAUACCUUAUCCAGCGUCGGCAAAAAAGGCCGAUCUCGUUACUAUCUUUGAUCAAAAGCUCAAGCCGCAAGCCCGCAAGCUGCUUGCUGCACGUGAUCGUGUAAGGCGAACGAGCGAAGGCAUCACUCAUGUCCCGAGUAGUCAAGACAGCAGCGUGGAUGGCAAAAGCGACUCUAGGUCGUCCAUGGCCCCUCCGCCUAUUCCAGACACACCUCGGUAUCGCAAACCAAGGAAGAACAAUCGCGUGAGCUCAGAUGGUACAGCAUCAGCAUCGGAGUCUAGGGACUCAACUCCUGGGGGAGACGAAGCUCGACUAAGCACGCUAGACAGUCAGACACCGAAACAGAGCCAGAGCUCCCCAAGCCAGCAUCGCGCAAACCUCGGAAGAAGUCGACCUCAAAUGCCCGAGAGCGCUUUCAGUAAUGAGAAUCCGUUUCAGAGUGGAAGUUCGCCAUUAAUCGAGGCUAAUCGGCGAAAGACUGCCGGCUCGAGCGGUGAAAGAAGAAAGACCUCUUCGAGUCGAAGGAGAACAGAAGGGGUUUCGAAUCCAAGAGUCAAACAGGAGCAGACAGAUGGCAUUGUGGUGCCCACGUCGAGGACAUUCGAGAUACCGGUGUCAAGGUUAAAAGCUGAGAGUGAAGAAGACCCGUCAGGUGUUGAGGCCGGAGAGGACUUUACACCGGAAGAGCAACUGGAGCUUGUAAGAGACAGAGCGAGAAACGGUGAAAGCGAUAUAUUGCCUCCCAGGAGAGUGCGGAAGUCGAAGACUUCAAGCAAUGUUCCGAAAUCACUGCCUUGGAUGUUCCUUACAGCACUUCUAGGAGGCUUCGCUACUUGGUAUCGACAAGAGAAAUUAGCUGUAGGCUACUGUGAAGUUGGAAGGUCUUCAGACGCAUUGACUCCGAUCAACAUACCAGAAUGGGCUAGCGACCUGCAACCGACAUGUGAGCCGUGCCCACAACAUGCUUUCUGUUUUGAAAACUUGGGGACAGAGUGCGAAGAGGGGUUCAUCCUACGAUCUCAUCCUCUUUCGCUGUCUGGUCUCGUACCACUACCACCAAGCUGUGAUCCUGAUGGCGAAAAGGCACGUAAAAUCAAAGCCGUGGCUGAUCGCGCCGUGGAGGAGCUUCGUAAACGCAAUGCUGAAGCUGAAUGUGGAACACUAAAAGAUUCGGAUGGUAAGGCGCAGUCGCCAGAGAUUGCAGAGCAAGAUCUCAAAAAUAGAGUAGGGGAAAAGAGGAGACGGGGAAUGACUGAAGCAGAAUUCGAAGACUUGUGGAAAGGCGCUAUAGGCGAGAUCAUCGGCCGUGAAGAGGUUGUGCAGGGUAAAGAAUCUCCAGAUGGAACCCGACUUGCAAGCACCUCUCUCUCCAGACUCCCCUUCGUCUGCUCCGUCAGACGAUCCGCGCGCCUCACGCUGGCGCGAUAUCGAGUCCCUCUUUCCGUCGUAGCACUCAUCACCUUCAUUGUCCUGUACAUCCGCAACAAAAUAAGGCAGAGACGUGCAGACGCCGCUCGUGUACCGUCCCUUGUCGCUACUACCCUGGAUCGAUUGGCCACACAAGCUGCGCUGUACUCUCGAGGUGACAGUAUCGAGAGCUGGAUCAGCGUCGGACAACUCAGGGAUGACGUGCUAAGGGAUGAAUUCAGCGAAAAGCGGCGAGAGAAUGUAUGGAAAAAGGUGAGAGCUGUAGUGGAGGGGAACGCGAAUGUUCGAGCAAGCUCGAGAGAAUUGAGAGGUGGAGAUGUCAGUCGAGUGUGGGAAUGGAUUGGGAGUAUUGGUCUAAUAGACGAUCCCGGAUUCUUGGGGAGGAAGAGUGGCGGAAAGCGGGUCAGCUGGGGUGAAGUCGUCGAGGAAGACGGCAAGCCCGAGGGAAGGCUGAGUCCACCCGCUGAGGACGGCGUACCUGAAGGGAAAGGAAAGGCCAUGGAACAGAGGAGAUGGGAUGAGGGAAGACCCAUCUACUAA